CGGUGGAAAACCUAGAACGCCACGUCUAAGGGCAGAUCGAAUCUUUUGAUAUUUUUGUGACUAUAAAUAAGUUUUCACCAUCAAGUCAAUUAUUGCCAAUCCAAAAUCCAAUCUUUUGUCAAUUGGUAUAAAUUAAAGACCAUAGUUUUUAAGUAAUUAGUAAUCAUGAGCAAAUUCUGGGCUUUGCUUACUCAUCUCCAUGCUCUUGCCGGGCCAGUGGUGAUGUUACUCUAUCCUCUAUAUGCAUCCGUAGUAGCUAUAGAGAGCACAUCAAAGUUGGAUGAUGAACAAUGGCUUGCUUAUUGGAUUCUCUACUCUUUUCUUACUCUCAUGGAGAUGCUCCUUCAACCCAUUCUACAAUGGAUACCAAUUUGGUAUGAGGUGAAAUUGGGAAUGAUAGCAUGGUUGGUUCUGCCCCAGUUCAGAGGUGCUGCUUUUAUUUAUAACAAAUUUGUUAGGGAAAAACUCAUCAAGAAAUAUGGAUCUUCAUAUUUCCACCACAAGUCUCAAUCUCCAGAUGGAAAACCCAAAAACAAACUUGUGGAUUUCAUCACCCUCAAGAAGGGAGAUCAUUAAAUUAAAGUCACUGAGGAUUGAUGCAGCAUCAAAUUAGGCUACGAAUGGUCUUUAAUUAUGUGGAUAUGUGCCACAUCAAGAUAAUAUAGUUAUGUUGUUGUAGAUCAAAUGGACUUUAAUAUGAAUGUUAAAUGUAUUAUUUUCUCUGUA